AUGGCGCCAAAGAGAUUCACCCUCAACCGGGAUUCCGAGAGCCAUUCGAAGUGCUCUGUGACCAAGAGUACGAAGGUGGCGGUUAUCGUGAUCCAGAAUCGCUACGAUGGAUCGGUACACUUCUAUCGAGAUUGGGACGAGUACGAGCGUGGGUUCGGCAACAUGUUUGGAGAGUUUUGGCUGGGAUUGAAGCAGAUUCACGAACUGACCUAUUCGAUGCGUUACGAGCUGCACGUAAUAGUUGAAGAUUGGGACGGAAUCCGGGCUGUUGCAAAGUACAGCGAUUUCCUGGUGGCAGGACCUAAGGAGAAAUAUCUACUGCGCAGCUUGGGAGCGUUUAGUGGCAGUGCAGCCAUUUAUGCUCCAAAAUUUGCCUCCAUUACAAACGACUCUUUUUUCCCUCCCACACCCAGCUUCAACCUGGAGCUGGACGAGCACGCCCUGGACUACAGCAUCCAGUCCAUCAUAGCGGCGGACGGCGGAGAAUCCCUGUUCAGCACACUGUUCCAACAAUCGCCAUCCAGUCCCACCGCUAACCAGGACGACGACGACGACGAUGGCCAAACAUCGUUCCUGUCGUCCACCACAUCAUCAUCGUCGGAGGAACUUGGCCUGACCUCGGCACUGUUCCCGCUGGACGCCAUCAUCCUCCAGCAGCCGCCGUCGCCGCCACUUUCAACGUGCUCUGCGCCGACAACGACGUCCCUGAAGACCCACAAAUGCAUGGACGGCGAAGAAUACGGCAGGUUAAGUGACCACGAUUCGGGCAACGCGUCUACGCUGGAUUCCGGCAUAGAGGAGACACUUUCUGAGACCACACCAACAUCCCCCGAGGGCUCCACCAACGGUAGCGACGCGGAAAACGAUGCGCCGGAUUAUGCGGCGACGGAAGCAGCGCGUCCCUUCAAAUGCUCCGAGUGUGGCAAGAGCUACACCCGCAAGCUGUAUCUGAUGCGACACUACGUCCAGCACACCCGCGAGCGCCCCUACCAAUGCGACGGCUGUGACAAAGCGUUCGCGUACGCCAGCUCGUUGUCCUCGCACCGGAAGCUGCAUCUGGCCAGCGGCGAACAUCGGUGUGAAAUUUGCAGCAAAAGCUUCGUCAGUGAGGCGCUCGUUGAGGCUCAUAAAACGGCGGCUCAUUACGGGGAACGGCCGUACAAGUGCAAACUGUGCAAGAAGAGUUUUGUCCUGCUGCACGCGUACAACUCCCACAAGCGGUGGCACGCCCAGUUUAAUCCGUUCCGGUGUGGAGUGUGCGACAAACAGUUUACCAAGAAAAUCAGCCUCAAGUGUCAUCUGAGGGUUCACACGGGCGAGAAACCGUACAGUUGUGAAGUAUGCCACAAGAGCUUCACCCUCUCGUCCACACUUUCUUCGCACAAACGUCUUCACGGCAGCAAGCCCACCCUCCAGUGUGACACCUGCGGCAAAAUCUUCACCCAAAUAUCGGCCCUCUCAACCCACAAAUAUCUGCACACGGAGUCAAGACCGUACAGCUGUGACCUGUGCGGCAAGCGCUUCAUCCGUCUCCACGCCAUGAAGAUCCACAUCCGGACGCACUCGAACGAGCGACCCCAUCGUUGCGAGCUCUGCCCGAAGACCUUCACCGAGAAGCACGUGCUGGUGCGGCACCUCAAGACCCACAGCAACGAACGGCCUCACGCCUGCGACAGCUGCGGCAAAGCCUUCAAGGAGAAGUACGACCUGCUCCGGCACGUCCUCAUUCACACCGGUCGGCGCCCGUACGAGUGCGAGCUGUGCCCGAAAACUUUCGUCCAGUCGAACGCACUGGCCAAGCACCGGCGGAAGCACGAGCGGGAGCAGCAGCUCAAGACGAUGCAGGCCAGGGCGGUGGAGGGUGGAGUUGGUGCAACGGAAGUCUAAGACGAGAGGUGCUAGGAACAGGUGUGAGUGUUGAGUUACAUGCAGAGAGUUGAUUUCAGUGAAAAUAGUGCCAGGUGGUUUGAGAAAAUAAAGCACGUGAUAAGGAUAAGGUUUAGGUUCUGAGGAAUUGCAUUGGACUUGUUUGGCAGAAAAGAGCUUUUUGAGUUGGAAGGAGGAGGUUUAUGUACGAUGUGAUAUAAAUCAUAUUGUGUAAAAAUAUAGCUUUGUUGUGAAUCAACGU